CGUCGUACUUCCGGUAGUUUCCUGUAGCGUCAUAAAAGUCAGAAACGCGGAAGUGUCAGAGAAACAAAGGCCGGCGGUGACGGAGUUCUGUUUUAACUGUAAAGUGUUUUUUUUUCUGUGACCUGGGAGACAUCAGAACCCUUCAUCAUGGCCAACGACGUCUACUCGCCCACCACGGUCUCUGAUCCCAAGUCGUCCUUCUUUCUGGGUUCUGGUUCCCAGUUCCUGGAUAAGGUCCGCUUCCCCCUGAAAGUCUCUGAAGUGCUCCUCUCCCUGGUGGCCUUCGCCCUGGAGGAGAGCGUCUCCUCCUGCAGCAGCUGCCACUCGCUCUACUUCUUUGAGUUCGUCAGCUGCACGGCCUUCCUCUUCACCGCGCUGCUCCUCAUCCUCCUCGCCACCACGCUGCACAGCAAAGUGGGCCUGAGCUGCUGGCCCAAAGUGGUAAGCUGCUGCAGAACCCUCAGGUUCUGGUUCUCCACACGUUCUCAGUCUGAACUUCCUGGUUCUCUGUCCUGCAGGACUUCUUCUACACGGCGGCCAUCGCCGUGCUCCUCCUCCUCUCCUCCAUCAUGUUUGCGUCCGGCAACGACGGAACCUCCGUGGAGACCGUCGCCGUGGUUUUCGGCUUCCUGGCGAUGGCGGCGUUCUGCGCUGACCUCGUCUUCUUCCUGAAGGUCAACGGUAAUCCGCUCAGACGUCAGGCCACGCCCACCACCAACGGCGGCCCGGCGCCGCCGGAGGCCGAGAAGCUGAACGGAGCGCCGUAGGAGAACCGGGUCGGCCCGCUCCGGUUCUUCACGUCAUCAGCUGUGCCUUUUAUCACCACCAGGGGGCGGUCUCUCUGAAAAGCAACCAAUCACGGAGCUCCGUUCACUUCUAGAACCAACAGACACUAAAAUCAUGGAACCACUAAACUUUCCUCCUUCCUGGGAUCAGACGCCUUCCUGGUUCUGGUUCUGGUUCUGGUUCUGUCUGCUUUGUGUUUUCUUCUCACUAACAGUCGUCAGAAAAUGAUAAACUUAUAGAAAUUAGCUGCAGCGCUCCACGAUGUGCCAAUCUUUCUCUAAAUGUCUGUUUUUUUUCUGUAAAGUGUCUUUUUUUUUUGUAUAUCUGCCUGUUUUCUUCUGGGAGCGUUUCAGGAAGAUUUUUAUUUUUUCCCUGAAGGAAAACGAACAUUUCUGCUUUUUAUUAAUCAAAAGGAAACGUUUGCUCCGACCUGGACGCUCUGCUCCAUAAAGGUUCAGGUAGACAUGACCAGCAGGUGGCGCUGCACACCUUAUUUAGGGAGAAGUGGUGAUUUAAUCUGGUUCUACUUUGGAUCCUGGGUGAUCUCUGAUCGGCUCUGAAUCCUCAGACCUUCUGAGAUCUUCUGAGAUCUUCUGAGAUCUUCUCCUCCUGCUGCUGUUUUUAGACCUUUCGCUGCCGUUCAGCUGCCUGAACGUCUCCAUGCUGUUACAGUUUUACUCUCUCCGUGUUUGAAGGAGCCGUCGGGUCCAUGUGGGGGGGGGGGGGGGAUUUUUUUUAGACAACCAGGACUUUUACUCUUUUUUAGAAGGACUUUCUCCCAGUUUUAAAUGUUCAGCCAAACAUUUCUGGAGCUUUUCCUCCAGCAGUCGCUGUCAUCCAGACACUUUCUACGGCUUUAAGUCCAGAAACAGAAGCUGCUUCAGCUUUUUACUUUUAAAACACCAAAUUCUCCAGAUAAACCCUGAAAGCUGAAGAUCCUUCAGAACCUUCCUGAUAACCUUCUGGACCUUUUUAUUAAAAUCAGAAAAUGACAAUCAUGGAACCAGGAAAUGCUGCCAGAAUCAUGGUUCUGGACCCAGAACCCUGGUUCCUGUCGCUGAGGUCCGUUCAGGGCCAAAUGAAGUUUUAACCGUCUGCUCUGUGUGUUCAUGUACAUAAUGGCCACGCCUUCCUCUUUCUGGAGUCAGAACCUCUUUUUAAUAAACUUUUGAACUUCU